AUGAACUCCAACUAUGAAGUCUUCCGCGAUAUUCUGUCCGGCAUUUUAGUCGCGAGGUCCAAUGAAAGGCCUCGCGAGCCCUCAAAGCGCAAAGCAAACAAGGCGCGGAGAAAUAACAAUUCGAGCAGCAAUAAUAAUGUGAAGGCCACGCCCGUCGUCAAAAGAGAACCUAUUCAGAGGGCUAAUCCCGAGGAUUUGGCCGAGUUUGUUGAUUUCCUCGCCUCCGAAAUCUUCACCCACCUCCCCGACACCCUCCAAACCCUUUCCUACAGCACAACCCAACAAGAUCUCUCCCUCCGAACAGACACCUACCCAACCCCCCUCCCAACCCCCCUCAUCGAAACCCUCUCCUCAACCCUCCCAUCCACCGUAACCGAAACCCUCACCGUCUACGGCCUAAUCCCCGACCCCACCGACAUCCCCGAAACCCUCCUCUCCCCACUCCUAAACGAGUACGUCUCCAGCGUAACAGCGGGACCACCAGUUUGGGCAUCGACGCGGACAGACGCAUGCGAGAUCUGUGAACGGGAUUGGAUACCGCUUUCGUAUCACCAUUUGAUUCCGCGGGCUGUGCAUGAGAAGGUGCGCAAGAGAGGGUGGCAUGAGGAGUGGAUGUUGAAUAGUGUUGCGUGGUUGUGUCGGGCGUGUCAUAGUUUUGUGCAUCGGAUGGCGGGGAAUGAGGAGUUGGCGAGGGAGUGGUAUACCGUUGAGAAGAUUUUGGAGAGGGAGGAUGUGCAAGAUUGGGCGAGAUGGGUUAGUAGGAUUCGGUGGAAGAAGACAUGA